CGACUUGUCUCUACCGGAAGCUUGAUGGACUCCCAGUCACAUCACCAACGCCCAUAAAGCGGCCACAUACAGGAAAUGCACCAAGCGUCCGAGAGAACGAUAUACUUAUUCCGUUUCGACCGGUUCAUCUUCGCUACAGUGGUUAUUUGUACAACAUUUUGAGUUUUUAUUUUUUAGCCGCUGUGUCGCUGCAUGACAAUUAAGCUAGCUCCGCGUCGCAGUACUGUACGUUGAUCACUUCAACAGUCUUAACUCCCUUGUUAUCAGAAAAAUGGCAACCCAGAUCGAUAAAGAGGGUUGCCGGGAGGCUUACAACCAAGUAAGAGACGACAAUACGGACACAAACUGGGCUGUGUUUAAAUACCAAGGCUCCAUGAUCGUGCCUGCAGAACAAGGGACGGACUAUGAGGACUUCAAGAAGAUGUGCACUGAUGAUGCUCGUCUGUUUUGCUUCCUGCGGAUCAUGACGGGAGACGCAAUGAGCAAACGAGCCAAGUUCACCCUCAUCACCUGGAUUGGAGAGAGUAUCAGUGGGCUGCAGCGUGCCAAAAUCAGCACAGACAAAUCGCUGGUAAAAGAGAUUGUGCAGAACUUUGCCAAGGAGUUCAUGAUCAGCGAUCUGAAGGAAGUGGAUGAGGACUACAUUCGCACGGAGCUGAAGAAGGCAGGCGGAGCCAACUAUGAUGCCCAAGCCGAGUAGAGAAGUGCCACAAUUCAGAACAAAAAAGAAAUGGGAGGUUUGGAAGAAGAAUAGGUGGUAUUGGAGGUGUUUGCUGACAACAUACACAAAACAUAGACUGAACAUCCUUUUAAAACAAGAACCCCAAAAUGAGCCUGACGGGGCAAGACCUUAACAGUAUGAGGGACACGUGGAUUCACGCUCGCUAUAACGUGAACUAAACCUGCUCUUUACAUGCUUCGACAUACUUCAAACAUGAACUAUGGAAGCCAUCAAAACCCAUCAAUACAUCCAUUUUCUACCGCUUGUCCCUUUCGGGGUGCCAUCAAAACCAACAUUUGUUAACUUCAAGAAAACCUUAUUAGCUUACCUGAAACGUAUAGAGUCUCUACAGUUGACACUGUUUAUUUAUGUUGACAAACUCAUCAAAUCCUGGUCUAAAGUCUUCUCUUCUUAGUCUUUUCAUUCCGCUUUUGUGGACCUAAAAUGUAAUCCUGUUUAUGUCAACGUGUGUUGUAGUAUUGUUGACUUCAUUAUAACCGCAAAAUCAGAUUAAUGGAUCUGCUACUUGCCUUCAAAGCUUUGGCAUCGAACUAAAGAUUAUUUCUUU